CCUUAGUAAUCAGCUAUCUGGGUUGUGGUUCCGGACUUCCUCUUUAAGGCUUAGUUUUUCAAAACAGUCUCCCUUUAUGUAAAAAAGGGUCCAAUGGGAAGACUUGGGUGGAGCCCUGGUGUAGAGCCAUAAUCUUUGCUUUAUGGUGUCGGUGUGGCGAGGAGGGAGAGUCAUGCCUUCAAAUCUCAUAAUGCUAAUCUUGUUUAUUGAACAGAGCUGGAACAAUUCAGAAAAUCCCAAACUACAGAAAUCACGCAGUUAUGUACGCAUGGACUCCAAUGCUGAAACCAAGCCAACAUUCCACUUGCCAGCGAUGAGCAAGACGGAGGAGCCAGAGACCCCCUCUGACCAUUUUCACAACUUGCACAAGAAAUCUGAUGAUGCAGAGUUCAAAAUGCACCUGACCAUGGAGGACAGCCUUUUUGACACUGGAGGAACCCAAAUCAACAACCAAAUAUUCCACACCGGCACCAUAAACUUAAUAGAAGCUCUGCGUCUAGAGUCUCGUCAUAAUGAAGCUGUUGUUGAUCCAAUGCUGGACCCCCCAUUGAAAGACAAAAUAUCCAGUAAUUUAGCGGACUUAAAAGGGGGCAAUCAAUCUAUAACGUUCCAAGGAAUCGUGCCAUUAAGAUCUAUUGCCAAAGUCGAUGACAACACAAAUAAGGAUGGUGGAGACGUGUGGCAGUCAGAGCAAAUGUGUCCAAUCUUCUGCUAUCAUUGUUUUGGCAAUAUUAAUCCAAAACUCAGAUGAUCCUUCCUUUAAUUUGUCGAGUAGGAAACAUACAAUGGAGGCAAUUCACAUUGGAUGAUUACAGCAUCAGUCUGAGACAGAACUCUUGUACCAAUUUUAAGGUCAGUCGAUGUAUAUAAUACAUUCAAUAAAGUGACCGCC